AGUACAGAACACACGAAGAAGAGUCCUGUUGAGCCUCGUGAAGCGGGAACUGACAGCCCCGUUUUCAUCAUGGACUGUGGUCAGGAUGAGUUGCUGUCUCCAGUGGUGCGAGAUGAGUUUGUGUCGCUCGCUGCUCGCAGGAUGAAGAAGGUGGCCUUCCCGUCACCUGACAGCGGCACCCCCAUCGCCUCCACAGUGACGCCUGCCCGCUCUCUGCUGAGGAACACUCCGGCUUCACUGUUCAGACAGGCUGUAACUCCCAGAUUUUCAGAUGUUUCCUCCAUCUUGGCUUCAGGAGGUCGAACGCCUCGAUACACACACACACCCAGAAACGCAUUCAGCAGUAUGGAUUUGGACGACAGUGAUUGGACCGCCUCUCCUGUGUCUGUGAUGGAGAACAUCAGCUCCUUCUCAGAAGACCUCACCGACCUCAGCUCGGCGCUACUGAAGGAGGACGACCCUGGAGAGGCUGCGGCCGCCAGUCUCUUCCCAGAGUUCCUCGCAUCCUUCCUGAAACACUCUUCCUCUGCGGUGUUUGAUCUGCUGGAGGACUACCAGACUCUCUGCCAGAAGAAGACGGACGUGCUGCUGUCCGUGGUCCUCAGAGCGGGUCAGAAGAGUAAGGCAGCAGGAGUCUACUGGCUGCUGCAGCAGGAGAACUGCUCCUGGAGACUCAUCACCUCGCUGUACAAGGACCGGGUCCAGUUGGCGCUGGAAGAUGACAUCACAGACAUGGUUGCUCCCAGUGAGAGUGAGAAGGUCGUGGUGGAGCGGCUGUUCCAGCGGGACGCCGUUGUACGUCAGAGUCAGCUGGUUGUUGAUUGGCUGGAGAGCAUCGCCAAGGAUCAGAUCGGAGACUUUUCCGACAACAUAGAAUACUAUGCCAAAAACGUCUGCUGGGAGAACACCCUCCACUCACUGAAGCUGAGGAGGAAGAGCGGCACUGCCUUCACCGUUCCCCUGGUCACUGAACUGGACCCAGAUGCUCCUCUGCGGCAGCAGCGCCCCCUGGCUGACCUGGACAGAGAAGAUGACGCCCGACUGCUGAAGAACCUGUUCACUCUGAUCAGAGCGGGGAUGACUGAGGAGGCUCAGAGGCUGUGUAAGCGCUGUGGUCAGGCCUGGAGAGCUGCAACCCUGGAAGGCUGGAAACUUUACCACGAUCCCAACAUGAACUCAGGCAGCGGGCAGCUGCAGCCUGUUGAAGGAAACCCUCAGAGAGGAAUCUGGAAGGCCUGCUGCUGGAGGAUGGCUGAGGAGGGGCAGUUACACAGAUAUGAGCGAGCUAUCUACGCCAGCCUGAGUGGAAACCUCAAACCGCUCCUGGUAGUGUGUGAGUCGUGGGAGGACUAUGUGUGGGCGCACUUCAGAGUGAUGGUGGACUCACUGGUUGAAAAAGAGCUGAUGUCAUCGGGAAUGGCCCACCAGGAAGUCGAGAUGCUGCCGCGGGAAUACCUGGAGGCCAACUGGACGAUGGAGAAGGUGUUCGAGGAACUUCAGGCAUCGGAGCUGAAGAGGGUGUUGGAGGAAACCAGAGAGCAUCACCACGUCAUCCAGAAGUUUGUCAUCCUGGGAGACCUGGACGGUCUGUUGGAGGAGUUUUCUGAUUGGCUGACAGCCUCUAAGCCCCUCCCCUCCCACCUGCUGCGUUUCAUGACUCACCUGCUGCUGUUCUUCCGCUCUCUUGGUGUGGCUCUGAAGGAGGAGGUGUGUGUGGACGUGGUGAAGGCGUACGUCUCCCUCCUGAUCCGGGAUCAGCAGACAGACCUCGUGGCGAGCUACGUCAGCCAGCUACCCGCCGAGCUUGCCACCAUUCAAUACGCUGCCUUCUUGGAGACCGUCACUCAGCCGGCACUCCGCCCCCGCUGCCUGCAGCUCGCCACUGAAGCUGGUCUGGAUGUCGCUGCGAUAACCAAGCUGGUGGUGGAGAUGGUGAGAGAGAGGGACGAAACCGAGUUCGCACAUCACAGCCAGACGCUGGAGACGGGAACGUCAAAGGAGGACCUGAGGAAGAUCGAUGUCAUCGACUGGCUGCUGUUUGACCCCGCCCAUCGAGCCGAGGCCCUGAAACAGUCCAACGCCAUCAUGAGGAAGUUUCUGGCUCUGCAGAAACACGACGCAGCGAAGGCGGUGUUCUCUAAAGUUCCUGAGGAUUCAAUGAGGGAGAUUUGCUGCCAGUGGUCGGGGAUGGGUCAGACCACGCCUCUACCUGCGGAGGACGAGAACGCCAUCAGAGAACACCUGUGUAUCAGAGCAUACCUGGAAGCUCACGAGGCGUUCACUGACUGGUUCAGCCACAGCAGCUCCGCCCCCCAGAAGCCAGCGCCCGCCCCUGAGGCCAAAUUCACAGAGAGAGUAGCCAAUGAGAUGCGAGAAAAGGAGUACCAGACCUCCCUGUCUGCCUGGUCGUGCCGUCUUGAAGUUCUAACCGAAGACGUGAAAGAGAGAAUCUACAACGUGCUGCUGUUCGUAGACGGAGGAUGGAUGAACGACAACCGACAGGAUUCAGAGCCAGAUUCAGAGCGCAGCCACCAGAUGGCGGCGCUACGUUCACUGUGUCUGCCCCGUCUCACCUUCCUGCUGCUCAGCGUGCUGCAGAACUCCUCCAGACACCAGGAGGCGCUGCGACUCGCUGACAUCAUCUCAUCUGACCAGCACCGCCUCUACCAGGUUUUCUCUAAAGAGGAGCUGAGGAGGUUUCUCCAGAAACUCAGGGAGUCGUCUCUUGCUCUGUUGGACCAAGGACUCGACCCACUGGGCUACGAGUUACAGCCAUGAACACACACACACACACACACACACACACACACUGAGCGGUGUUUGACUCACAGUUGAUUCUUUGGAUUGUGUUGUUUUUGUAAAAUAAAAAGUUUUUCUGUAGUUA